AUCCUAACCCGCUAUACCAAAUGAAUUCAUACCAUUAAAACCCCAAACUCAUGGCCAAUCCCUCUAAUCAUAACCCGAUUUUUGGCUUCUUGACUUGAAGAUCUGUUAUCUUCAUGAUGUGAUCUUUUGCACAUGAUUAACUUCUUGAUUAUCCCUGGAAAAUCCAAAUUCUGCUCCAAUUAUGUUGAGGAUCCACAUACAUUUAUUGAUCUUUUCGUAUCAAAUGAUGAAUCGACACUGUUGAUGAGAUCAUGUGCAUUCUACCCUAAAUUCGGGGUUGGAGCUUUAGGCAUUUUUCUAGUGCUUUUAAAGAUAGGAGAAGUACGAACAACAGGUAGUUCUGGUGACUUGGGCAGUGAAUUUUUUCGACUCAAAUUCACUGGUGGAGAAAUGCUCAGCGAUACAGAGCUAAUUGGUAAAUCCAAAUCGGAGCUGGAAGAUGAGUACGAAGAAGAUGAGCUCGACCCACCAAAAUUCUUUCACCUCAACGACGACCAUCUAUAAUUAGAUUAGCUACUGCAUUAUAAGAGGGGAUUUGGAAAUUAUUUAGCCCUAAAAAUGUUCUAUUGAGAAUGGGCAAGGGAAAUUUGGUCAUGAGAUUAAAGGGGUCGGGGCAUUGGGUUAAAAAUUAGAAAUGAACUUUUUCUAAUUUUUUAGAUAAUUCAUGUAAAUUUGGGGCUUUCCUUCAAAUGAGAAGUAUAUAUGGUGAAAUUAGUAACGAUAGUGGUAAAACUAAUUUCAUUUCAACGACAAGAGCAUAGUCAACUAAUUAAACAAAGUUGAGAGGUA